CCACAUCAUCGAUCCCGCAAUGUACGAUGAGAUUUACGCCGGUUAACAGUCGCAAACGGAACAAGGACCCGGUCUUUGUCUCCUCCUUCGCGUCCCCAAGCUCUGUCAUAGCAACGAUUGAUCAUGACCUUCACCGCGCGAGACGAAGCUUGCUGAAUCCUUUCUUCUCAAAGAAAGCGGUAAUGGAACUCUCCACCGUCCUCCAAGAGAAGAUUGCCCGACUAUCAUGGCAUCUGGAGAGAUUCUAUGCUGACGGAGCGGUGGAUGCCCUGCACACUGCCUUCGUUGGUCUGACAGGGGAUACCAUCACUCAUUACUUGUAUGGUCAAGGCAAGGGCUACCUAUCCGAUCCAGAUCUCACCAAGCGUGACUUCAUCUGGGAGCUGAUGUUCGAAAGUACCAACUCAUGCCAUUUGUUUCGAUUUCUCCCAAGCAUCCUCCGACUGAUCAAGGCUCUUCCUGGCCGUUGGAUGCGUCUCAUUCGUCCUAAACUAGCUCAAAUCUAUGCGAUGCAAGAGCAGAUCGCGCAGCAGUCACAGGACGCCCUGCUCAACAAAGACAGUCACACCAAUACCGUAGGCUCAAUAUAUCAGGUCCUCGCUGAUCCGUCUCUUGCCCUGGAGGACUGCACCCUGGUCCGUCUUCGUGAUGAGAGCUUCAUACUUCUAGUCGCCGGGACAGAAACCACCGCUUCAACGUUGACCUUUGCCGUCUACCAACUCCUGCGCGACAGAGGAAUGUUCCUCAGACUGCGCGAGGAACUGAAGCAGGUCAUGCCUGCACCAUGCCACGAACCCAAAUGGUCUCAACUGGAGCAAUUGCCUUACCUGACAGCCAUCAUAAACGAAGCCCUCCGACUCAGCGCAACGCCCAUGCGACCAGUUCGAGUAGCCCCAUCCGAGUCCUUACAGUACAAACAAUAUACAAUUCCACCCGGUACCCCCAUCAGCACAAUCAGCUACUUCAUCCACCGCAACCCCCAGAUCUUCCCCGACCCAAACACCUUCCGACCCGAGCGCUGGCUUGAAGCCGCCGAGCGGGGCGAAAGUCUCACCCGGUACCUCGUCCCCUUCGCACGGGGCAGCAGGAUCUGUAUCGGGAUGAAUCUGGCCUACGCGGAACUCUACAUGACCAUUGCAUCCAUCGUGAGGCGGUUCGACCUCGAGCUCUGCGAUACGAACCCCGAGGACAUGGAAUUCGUCCGGGAGAAGAUCCUGCAACGGCCGAAGAAAGGCGUCUGGACGUUGAAGGCGAGGGUCGUGGGGAUUGUUGUGGAGUGAGGGGUGAGGGUUUGUGGGCUGCUGGGCUGCUGGGCUGCUGGUGGAUUGCCGGGGGAGUUGGGGGGAUUCAACUUCCGAUUGACGUUCUUACCACGUAUUGAUGGUGUCCUGGCGAGGUUCAUAUGGAGCGUGGUGAUUGUAUUUGUCACAACUAGUUUGCUCUCGUCUACGAGCUCAUUUACCGUGAGAAGUCUGGAGACCGUGGGGUGCGUAUGCGUGACGACGU